AUGCCCCGCCGGAAAACACCAACUUCCACCACCACCACCGCCGCCCCCUUCCUUCUCCUCCACCUCCUCCUCCUCCUUCCGCCGCCGACCAAUGUCCACGCCGUCCAACCCCCAACGAGCCCCAUAAAAACGGUGGUGGUCCUGGUGAUGGAGAACCGCUCCUUCGACCACAUGCUGGGGUGGAUGAAGCAGCUGAACCCGGAAAUCAACGGGGCGGACGGGUCGCAAUGGAACCCGCUCAACACCUCCGACCCGGAAUCCAGCAGGCUCUACUUCCGGGACCAGGCCCACUACGUGGAUCCGGAUCCGGGCCACUCGUUCCAGGCCAUCCGGGAGCAGAUAUUCGGGUCCAAUGAUAGCUCCAACAACAAGGACCCGCCGCCGAUGAACGGGUUCGCCCAGCAGGCUCUCUCCAUGGACCCUUCUGCCAAUAUGUCGAGAGAUGUGAUGAAUGGCUUCCACCCUGACUCCGUCGCCGUCUACAAGGCUCUCGUCUCCGAGUUCGCCGUUUUCGACCGGUGGUUUGCGUCGGUGCCGGCGUCGACGCAGCCGAACCGGCUGUACGUGCACUCCGGUACGUCGCACGGUGCGACGAGCAACAUUCCGGCGCUGCUGGUCAAAGGCUACCCGCAAAGAACCAUCUUCGAGAACAUCGACGACGUCGCCGGUCUCUCGUGGGGGAUCUACUACCAGAAUAUCCCGGCGACGCUCUUCUACCGGAACCUCCGCAAGCUCAAGUACGUCUCCAGGUUCCGCCCCUACGACCUGGAGUUCAAGAGCCACGCCAGGCAAGGCAAGCUCCCCAGCUACACGGUGGUGGAGCAGCGGUACACCGACCUCAAGACCGCUCCGGCCAACGACGACCACCCUUCCCACGACGUCUACCACGGCCAGAUGUUCGUCAAAGAGGUGUACGAGACGCUGAGGGCGAGCCCGCAGUGGAACGAGACGAUGCUGGUGAUAACGUACGACGAGCACGGCGGGUUCUACGACCACGUGGCGACCCCGGUCCACGGGGUUCCGAGCCCCGAUGGGAUCGUGGGUCCGGAGCCAUUCAACUUCACGUUCGACCGGCUUGGCGUCAGGGUCCCCACCAUCGUGGUUUCACCUUGGAUCAAUAAGGGCACCGUUGUACAUGGGCCCAACGGCAAGCCCACACCGACCUCAGAAUACGAGCAUUCCUCCAUUCCGGCCACCGUCAAGAACAUCUUCAACUUGCCCUCUUUCCUCACCAAGAGAGACCAAUGGGCCGGCACAUUCGAGUCCAUUGUCCAGUCCAGAACCCAGCCCAGAACCGAUUGUCCACUGCAGCUGCCGACUCCGACCAGGAUCAGGCAGACCGAGGCCAAUGAGGAAGCAAAGCUCACUGAGUUCCAGCAGGAGAUGCUGCAGCUUGCUGCGGUGCUCAAGGGCGACAACGUGCUCUCGAGCUACCCUAACGAGAUCGGGAAGCAAAUGACGGUGAAGGAAGGCACUGUUUACAUGGAAGACGCGGUGAGGAGGUUCUUUCAGGCUGGCGUUUAUGCUAAGAAGAUGGGAGUUGAUGAAGAACAGAUUGUUCAGAUGAAGCCUUCCUUGACUACUAGAAGAUCGUCGAAACCUGCAUACGAACACCCGUGA